AUGGUGCUACAGGGGGAUGCGAAUGCAUCAAUUGGCUGGGUGGAGAACUCUGGUCAGUGGGAAGCCAUAGGUAGGGAUGCAAAAGCUUUCAUCCUUUUGGAUCGUCUUGCGAAGCACGGUAUUUCUCUUGUUCCCCCUUUGGCACCCUACAGGGCCCUGCCUACUUCGCGACCUAGGCAGGAAGGCAGACAGGGACGCCAAAUCGACAUGAUGGGGGCUAGGCGCCUUCGACAUGAAGGGGUUACCAUCUUCAGAGACUCCUACCUGACCUUGGGAACAGACCAUGAACUUCUCUGCGGGUCAUUCCGAGUUGUUGCCGGAAAAGAGGUUUCCCGAUUCCAGACAAAGCCGAGGGUGUGGACGGGAGGCCUUGAGAGGGUUGAGUUUGUCGACCAGGCAGUAUUGGAAGACCUUGCGCUCAGGUGUACUCGCCCGAAGGUUAGCCUAGCAUACAAGGACCCUGAAGCGGUCAAGCUCCUUUUCAGAAAGGCUAAGCUUCUCAAGAGCGGUGAAGCCUGGAAGUGCGCGCUGGCUGCCCGCAAGGCCGCAAGACGGCACUGGGAGGGGCAGAGGGAGACGAGAGCACUACAGGGGGAUUGGCAGGCAUUCAGACAGUGCAAACCUCAGGCGAGACAGGGUUGGGAGAUCGAUUUUGCGGACAGGCAGAGUCGGGACCCUCAUGCAGCCAUCCAUGACCAUUUGAGCUCCAUCUACAAGGGACAGGGGCAAGACAUUCAGCCGAUAUACGACCCUUGCCAGGAGGUUGUGGCCUUUACGGUAGAUGAACUCCAGCAAGCGCUUGGGCAACUCAAGGGAUCGAAGUCGGUGGGCAGGGACCUUACGUCGAAAGAGCUUCUUACAGGGCUGGUCAACACGGAAGGAGGGCAACAGCACCUGCUGGAAUUUAUGAAUAGGACUUUGGCAACCCAGAUCAUACCGGCAGAGUGGAAUAAGCCUCUCCUCAUCGUCCUUCCCAAGCUUGACCAACCAGCUUCUCCAGGUGACCUGAGGCCGAUUGCCCUCGGCAGUACAGGGGCUAAGCUCUUUUCGAGGAUGAUUCUGAACAGGGUCAAGGAACACAUGCCGUAUGUCAGCCACGCCCAGUGCGCAGGGAGUCAGCGACAACCGUCGGACGUUAUCUUCUCCGUUUGGAGACUUCUCCAGUUGGAGAGAGAAUGGAAGGCGGGGCUGGUCAUGGCCCAGAUCGACAUAAGCAAAGCUUUCGACACUCUUUCCCGACAGAAGCUACUCAGUAAACUACUGGAAGCCUUGGGCAACACUGCAGAAUACAGAUGUGAGGCUGAUAGCAUUACUCACGAUGAGUUUGGAGCCCUUCUUCGGGACUGGUCUUCGGGGGACAUUGGGGACCAUGAGGUUGUGAGCAGGUUUGGGCAACAGGUGUUGGACUUGCUGCGAGCGUCAGUUGACUUGGAACAGGCAGGAGUCUGGACUCAAGAUCGAGCGGUGGAGGUGUCGGAAUGCGCAGCCGGUCCACCGCAUGAGGGUACGAACGAUGUGAACGCUAUCGGGGGAAAGAGGCUUCAAUCUUGGUCUGAGGUCAUAGGCCUGAACCAGGGGGUCUUUCCUGCAGGGGAGGACGAUGUGCCGCAGGAGGCUACCGUGAUCUGGUGGGUCGGCCUGGUUGUCGCCGGGGUAGUGUGCUGCCUUCUUGGCGCCUUUCUUCUGCGAUGGCUCCUCAAGACAAGUGCUGAGGAGGCCUAUCGUGCUGCCGAGCCCAGGCAAGAGAACGCGGCAUCGAAGGACAAGACCGAGAAUGUGUCGUUCGGAGGCUUGGUCCCGGUGCACCCCCAG